GGGGAGAGCCGUUUGGGGAGCCCCGGCACCCGCGGUCGCCUCCGCGGCGGCGGCCCCGGGCUGGCGGCGUCCGGGCGCCUCUUUUCUCCAGCCGCUCGGACCGCGCUGCUCGCCGCCUCCUUGCCCUGCCCGGGCAUCAGACACCCAGUGCACACCCCAAAGAGCUAUCUUUUGUAAGGCUGGCUAUGAUGAGUGGGCCCAGGAGAUGUGAGACGGGGAGGUAAAAUGCACACUUGCUGCCCCCCAGUAACUUUGGAACAGGACCUUCACAGAAAAAUGCAUAGCUGGAUGCUGCAGACUCUAGCGUUUGCUCUAACAUCUCUCGUCCUUUCGUGUGCAGAAACCAUCGAUUAUUAUGGGGAAAUCUGUGACAAUGCAUGUCCUUGUGAGGAAAAGGACGGCAUUUUAACUGUGAGCUGUGAAAACCGGGGGAUCAUCAGCCUCUCUGAAAUUAGCCCUCCUCGUUUCCCAAUCUACCACCUCUUGUUGUCUGGAAACCUUUUGAACCGUCUCUAUCCCAAUGAGUUUGUCAAUUACACUGGGGCUUCAAUUUUGCAUCUAGGUAGCAACGUUAUCCAGGACAUUGAGACCGGGGCUUUCCAUGGGCUGCGGGGUUUAAGGAGAUUGCAUCUGAACAAUAAUAAACUGGAACUUCUGCGCGAUGAUACCUUCCUUGGCUUGGAGAGCCUGGAGUACCUACAGGUCGAUUACAAUUACAUCAGUGUCAUUGAACCCAAUGCUUUUGGGAAACUGCAUUUGUUGCAGGUGCUUAUCCUCAAUGACAAUCUCUUGUCCAGUUUACCCAACAACCUUUUCCGUUUUGUGCCCUUAACACACUUGGACCUGCGGGGGAACCGGCUGAAACUUCUGCCCUAUGUGGGGCUGUUGCAGCACAUGGAUAAAGUUGUGGAGUUACAGCUGGAGGAAAACCCCUGGAACUGCUCCUGUGAGCUGAUCUCUCUCAAGGAUUGGUUGGACAGCAUCUCCUACUCGGCCCUGGUGGGGGAUGUGGUUUGUGAGACCCCCUUCCGCUUACACGGCCGGGACUUGGACGAGGUGUCCAAGCAGGAACUUUGCCCAAGGAAACUUAUUUCAGACUACGAGAUGAGGCCGCAGACGCCUUUGAGCACCACGGGGUAUUUACACACCACCCCAGCUUCGGUGAAUUCCGUGGCCACUUCUUCCUCUGCUGUUUACAAACCUCCCUUGAAGUCCCCUAAGGGGACCCGCCAACCCAACAAGCCCAGGGCGCGCCCCACCUCUCGGCAGCCCUCCAAGGACUUGGGCUACAGUAACUAUGGCCCCAGCAUCGCCUACCAGACCAAAUCUCCGGUGCCUUUGGAGUGUCCCACCGCGUGCACUUGCAACCUGCAAAUCUCCGAUCUGGGCCUCAACGUCAACUGCCAGGAGCGCAAGAUCGAGAGCAUCGCAGAGCUGCAGCCCAAGCCCUACAACCCCAAGAAAAUGUAUCUGACAGAGAACUACAUCGCCGUCGUGCGCAGGAGCGACUUCCUGGAGGCCACCGGGCUGGACCUCCUACACCUGGGCAACAACCGCAUCUCGAUGAUCCAGGACCGCGCUUUCGGGGAUCUCACCAACCUGAGGCGCCUCUACCUAAAUGGCAACAGGAUCGAGAGGCUGAACCCGGAGUUGUUCUAUGGCCUGCAGAGCCUGCAAUAUCUCUUCCUCCAGUACAAUCUCAUUCGCGAGAUUCAGUCUGGGACUUUCGAUCCGGUCCCAAACCUCCAGCUGCUAUUCCUGAAUAACAACCUCCUGCAAAGCAUGCCCUCAGGCGUCUUCUCAGGCCUGACCCUCCUCAGGCUAAACCUGAGGAGUAACCACUUCACCUCCUUGCCGGUGAGUGGAGUUCUGGACCAGCUGAAGUCACUUAUCCAAAUAGACCUGCACGACAACCCAUGGGAUUGCACCUGCGACGUGGUGGGCAUGAAGCUGUGGGUCGAGCAGCUCAAAGUGGGUGUCUUGGUGGACGAGGUCAUCUGCAAGGCGCCCAAGAAGUUCGCUGAGACGGAUAUGCGCUCCAUCAAGUCGGAGCUGCUGUGCCCAGACUACUCGGACGUGGUGGUUUCCACGCCCACUCCCUCCUCCAUCCAGGUCCCAGAGAGGACCAGCUCGGUGACCCCCGCGGUGCGUCUGAACAGCACCGGCGCCCCCGCGGGCUUGGGCGCGGGCGGAGGUGCGUCGUCGGUGCCCUUGUCGGUGCUGAUCCUCAGCCUGCUGCUGGUUUUCAUCAUGUCCGUCUUCGUGGCCGCCGGGCUCUUCGUGCUGGUCAUGAAGCGCAGGAAGAAGAACCAGAGUGACCACACCAGCACCAACAAUUCCGACGUGAGCUCCUUCAACAUGCAGUACAGCGUGUACGGCGGCGGCGGCGGCUCGGGCGGCCACCCGCACGCGCACGUGCACCACCGCGGGCCCGCGCUGCCCAAGGUGAAGACGCCCGCGGGCCACGUGUACGAGUACAUCCCCCAUCCACUGGGCCACAUGUGCAAAAACCCCAUCUACCGCUCCCGAGAGGGCAACUCCGUGGAGGAUUACAAAGACCUGCACGAGCUCAAGGUCACCUACAGCAGCAACCACCACCUGCAGCAACAGCCGCCGCCGCCGCCGCCACCGCAGCCCCAGCAGCAGCCCCCGCCGCCGCAGCUGCAGCUGCAGCCGGGGGAGGAGGAGAGGCGGGAAAGCCACCACUUGCGGAGCCCCGCCUAUAGCGUCAGCACCAUCGAGCCCCGGGAGGACCUACUGUCGCCGGUGCAGGACGCCGACCGCUUUUACAGGGGCAUUUUAGAACCAGACAAACACUGCUCCACCACCCCCGCCGGCAAUAGCCUCCCGGAAUAUCCCAAAUUCCCGUGCAGCCCCGCUGCUUACACUUUCUCCCCCAACUAUGACCUGAGACGCCCCCAUCAGUAUUUGCACCCGGGGGCAGGGGACAGCAGGCUGCGGGAACCGGUGCUCUACAGCCCCCCCAGUGCUGUCUUUGUAGAACCCAACCGGAACGAAUAUCUGGAGUUAAAAGCAAAACUAAACGUUGAGCCGGACUACCUCGAAGUGCUGGAAAAACAGACCACAUUUAGCCAGUUCUAAAAGCAAAGAAACUCCCUUGGAGCUUUUGCAUUUAAAACAAACAAGCAAGCAGACACACACGGUGAACACAUUUGAUUAAUUGUGUUGUUUCAACGUUUAGGGUGAAGUGCCUUGGCACGAGAUUCUCAGCUUCGGCGGAAGAUACUGAAAGGGUGUGCAAUUUCCUUUUAAUUUUACACGUGGGGAAACAUUUGUGUAAACUGGGCACAUCACUUUCUCUUCUGGCGUGUGGGGGAGGAGAGGAGAAGGGCUUUAUGGAGAACAAUUUGCUGCGCGGAUGAUUAUUAAAGGUCGCAGUCAUAUUUGUAGUGGUUGAAAGUGCUAAGUAGGGAGGAAGAUGGCAGCCCAUAGAUUCUACUCUUCCUCUUUUGCUCCCUUCCCCCCCUUCUU